GUUCCAACAAAAAGGUUGGCCCCGGGUUCCUUCGCCAUGAUCGUCGGGCCCAAGCUGUCGCUCUCCAUGGCCGGCGGCCUGGCGGGCGCCAAAGCGGCACAAGCCGACGCCAAGGCCAAGGCCAAGGCCAAGAGCAAGGCCCGGGAGUCGCCCCUGGCGGCCGCGGCGCGCCGGGCCCGCGACGCCCAGAGCGCCCUGGGCGCCAGGGCGGCGCGCGCCUCGCGUCAGAGCCGGGACGCCAGCGUGGGGAAGGAGGCGAAGGAGAGGAAGGAGGGCGAGCGGCAGUUUGCGGCGCGGCCGCUUAUCGAGAAGGCCAAGGACAAGGCCUCGAGCCCUUUCCGGCGGCCGCCGGGGAGCCACUCCGCCAUCUCUCUGAAUUUGAAGAAGAAGCAGGAGGCGAAGAAGCCGGAGGAGGCGACGAGCCCCGACACCUCCGCGGGCUCCACCCCCGCAGGGCUGAUUUCGGAGGACACCGGCACUAAGCCGGCAGACCGCACAGAGAUUCUGGAGGCGGCGCAGGUGCUGCGGAAGGAGGCCCAGGACCUGGGCCGCGCACUGCGGCGCUGGGUGGCGGAGGCGGGCCCUGAGAAGGGCGAGUCCGCGGAUCUCGCGGAGGCCGAAGCGGAGAAGACCUCCGAGCCGUGCGAGGUGCAGCUGGCCGCCGAAACGGAGGACGAGGGUCCGCACAUCAGCUCGCCGGUGGGCGUUCCACCCACGCCAGUGGAGGUGGAGAGCCUCGAGCCGGCCGCGGAUUCCGCGGACGGAUCGGAAGUUCCGGCCGCGGCCGCCGCGGCGCCGGAAGGUCCGGCGCGGCCGCGCGAGCCGGGGCGCCGCGCGCUGGAGCAAGAGUGUGAGCGCCUGGACGCCGACCUGCAGCGGGUAGCAGACGAGUACCACCGCCUGCUCUUGGAGCGCCAGAAGGCCUUCGAGGCGUUGGAGCCUGUGAGGCCGGCGGCGCCGGCCUUCGGCAUGCAUGCCGCGCCGGCGCCUCUGCCCAUGCACAUUCGGGCCACCUUGGGCGCCACUGGCAUGCAGGCGCCGGUGUCUAGGGCUACGGUGCCGCAGGCUAAGCCCCGCUCGCCCAGCCUCUCGCCCGGCCCGCCGCAAGACGUGCCGGCCUGA